UAGCGAUCAGGAAGCGCUUUGCGUGUCACGGUGGUUGUAAAUCAUGGCGGCGAUGGCUGCUGUGCUCUGUGUGCGGCUGGGAGCUCGGCAGCUGGUAUACAGAGCACCUGGGAGCACUGGGCGGGUUGUGACAGAUAAAACAUGGAGCAAGUACGCCAAAAAUCUUCGCCUUUUCAGUACAAUUCCACCUUCCGCACCAAAAAGAAAGUAUGGGCCGGUUACAUGGAAAUCUCUGGUGGUUACUGUCGCGUUGGGAGGGGCUAUAAUGGGUGGAAUGAAAUACCUGAAGAAAGUCAAGGAAGAGAAUAUUGAAAAAGAAAGAAAUCGUUCCAUAGGGAAGCCGUUACUCGGCGGACCUUUUUCUUUAAUCGACCACAAUGGACAACCUAAAACAGAUAAAGAUUUUCAUGGCCAGUGGGUCCUGCUGUACUUCGGAUUCACACAUUGUCCAGACAUUUGCCCAGAGGAAAUUGAAAAGAUGAUUCUUGUCGUUGAUGAGAUUGAUAAGAUUCCAUCAAUCCCUAAUCUAACACCUCUUUUCAUCACGAUUGAUCCUGAACGUGACGACAAAGAUGCAGUCAGUAGAUAUAUUAAAGAAUUCUCUCCCAAAUUGAUUGGAUUAACUGGGUCAGUUGAACAGAUCGAGGCAGUGGCAAAAGCAUACAGAGUAUAUUUCAGCCCAGGACCAAAGGACGAUGACAAUGAUUACAUUGUGGAUCACACAAUCAUCAUGUAUCUGAUUGGACCAGAUGGAUCCUUUGUUGAUUAUUAUGGACAAAAUAAAAAUAACGCAGAGAUUUCUGUCUCUAUUGGAACCAAUAUGCGCAAAUUCAAACACACGAGUUAGUACGGCCUGCCGACUGUAAAGAGCUUGUACUGCUGGAGCUUGGGGAAAAAAUUAAAUGAAUUUAUUAUUUUUAUAAACAAAACUAUUUCCUUUAUACUCUCUGAGAUUAUUUUGUACUUUUGCCAUGUGUUUGUUUUGUCAUACAUUUACCAUUUAUUUAUAUAGAAGUGCCUCUGUGCAUACUUUAUAACAUUUAAAGGACUGAUGGGGCUUUCUUCUGAUACAAUCAACGUCAUUUACCAAGGUCAGAAAUGUCACUGCUGCUUCCAGUUUUUCUAUUUUUUUUUUUUACACACAUGCUACUUUCUCGGGUAAUUUCACAGACCAUGUAUAUCCCAUGGGUGUAAAUACCCCAGAUUUCUAUUAUGCCACCACUGCGGAGUACAGCAAUACCCCCAUGUAGACAAGUUAUAAAGUCAAAUUGCAGAUAUGUGUUUCAGUUUUCAAAUUUCCAAUUUUCAUGGACUGAUUUUCUGGGACCAUGUCA